AUUCAAGCCAUCUUCUGCUAAAAACCAGGUCAUGACGUUUUGACCUUCAGUUCCGCAUGCGAACGCGGCGGUCGUUUCAGCCAACCCGCAGAUUAGAGCCGUUGGAUCAUGCGAUCAAUCCAAACUUCGGGGGCGACUCCCGCACAGAUCGACGGACCCAGAACGAGUCGGAUUAGUGGAGCAAGGAGAUUAAGCCGGACUCCAAAUACCCGCAAAACAACAAUUAAAAAUCAAUUUUUUAGAUCCAUUAUCAGCUUAUUUUUCUCCGAAUACUAUAUUUACGUUCAUAAUUGGAAAAUAUUGUGUUUUGUUGCGGAGGAGAACAGAAGGCUUGAAGGUGUUAACCAGAGAUUGAGAGGAGAGCGAGGGGAAGGGAAAUCAGAAUUGCUGAUUGAACUUUGUCUUGAUAGAUUGUUAUCGUUCGCUGUGAUUAAUCGUUUGGGUGACAGGGAUAUUGUGAAAAAUGAGGUUGAAGAAAGGGACUAAGGUUGAAGUGGUGAACAAGCGGGAAGAUCCUUCAGGGUCAUGGUGGUGUGCAGAGAUCAUUUCUGGAAAUGGGCGUAGCUAUUAUGUUAGAUAUGAUAGAAAUCUACCUGAUGCUGAUUCUUCUGUGGAAAGAGUACCAAGAAGCUCCAUCAGACCCUGCCCUCCAGCUGAGAGAACUCGUUUGGAUUGGAUGCCGGGUGAUAGUGUUGAAGUGCUUGAUAACUUCUCAUGGAUGCGUGCCAAAAUAAUAAUGUUUUCUCCUGGGCUAAACUACUCUGUUAGGCUCGUUAGUUCUUCCGCAGAACUCAUUGUCCACGCAUCUUGCAUUAGGCUAAUCAAACGUUGGGAGGAUAACAAAUGGGUUAUUAUUCCAAAGGAUGCCGGAAAACGAUGUUAUAAAGUAACAAAUGGGAUCUCAAAUGAAAAGUUAAUCUCCACUGUACCACGAUACAUUGAUUAUCUAAUGCAGGCUAACAAAAAUAUAGAGGAUUCUUAUCAGAGUGUUGCUAGGAAUGUGAAGAAAAGGUCGAGGAGUUGCCUCCAGGAAGUUGAAAAAUGUACCGGGCCUUUAAGAAAGAAGACGGCUGUUGAGAAGGAAGGUUUUCGUCACGGUGUCUUUGGAUGUAACCCAAUGUUGGAAAAGGUAGAUGCUGUUCCUCCAUCACAAACAUUGCUUGGCGAAAGAAAUCUACGUAAUUCCUUAAUCAACAUAAACAGAGGAAUCUUUGAAGCAAUUCAAGUGGUUCAAAGGGAAAAUGCUGACAGUGAACAUUAUCUUCGACUCAUGCAAGAACGUACUGAUGCUGAGAGUGUCUCGUCCUCUGUUGGUAGCUGUGGUGCUAACAAAAGCCCUUAUAGGUCAACGGGCCAUCAUUUUAAUGACAGUGGUCAAUAUAUGGAAUCUCAUAAUGAUUUCUUGCAAGCUUCUGCUGCUUUAGGAAG